GGGCGGCAGCUGGCGGAGGCAUGGCUGGAGAGACGGGAGCAAGGUGGAUGAGUGAGAGGGAACGCGGGGCUGGCUGGAGGCGACGGGUGGAGGACGGGUUAAGAGCAGGCAGGUGAGGGAUGAUCCUGGAGCAAAAGAGAGACACGAUUAGGCAGGAAACAAAUCACUAAGAACACUGGAAUCAUGAGGGAGGCCUGAAGCGUAUAACUAGUGUGAGGAAGGCAGCUGUGCGUAAUCAGCAGGAAGCCUCAGUGAGGAAACACUUUGGUUAUUUUGCGACCAUAGAGCAAUGUCGACACAACGUCACCUGUUGCAAUUUACCAAAUUCUGACCAAAGUGCAACGUGUUUGUAGUUGUUGUUUUACCCAGCUGCCACAAGGUGGCGCAGAAGAUCUCCUGAUAUGGUUUCUGUGGGCGUUUCAGGUUUUAUCAUCUUUAACCAUUCCUAGCCUAUGUCCUGUGAACAAAUUCAUAAUGAAUUAACUAAUGGGCUAGAUUUUCUGACGAAGAGGCGACCAUACUCUGAAAAAAGAAGUUUGGAAAGUAAUCAUGGAUAGAACUUAAGAGUGAGUACAAGUGCACCUACAAGGGCUGUAUGCCCUCACCCACCUCCAACCCAGCCCAGCCCGUACCCAGCCCCCCUUCUAGAUAUGUCCCGCUCAGCCAUCCCGUCCCUCAAUGUUGGGGCCACAGCCCCAGAGGCUCUGUCCUUUCUGCACCAGCGCCUGUUGUUGGCCGAGGAGGAGUCUGAAGCGCUCAUUCAAGACGUGGGUGCACUGGGGGUUUCCAGGGACCAAGUCUUGGGAUCUGUAGAGAAAACUGAUGCCACUCAACGGCCUGUAAGUCCUCUGGAGAGGCGUCGGAUCCUGCUGUGUCAACAGUGUGACUCUCUGGCGAGCAGGGUGUGUCGCAUGGAAAGUCUGCUACAGAUCCUCAAACUCACCAUCUUCCGCCUGGAGACUGAGAGAGAGCUGGAUCCCUCUCACACAGCUCAUCUGAAGCAGCAGCUGGCUGCGCUGCAGCAGGAGAGUGAGGAGGAGCAUCAGGCCUCCAGGAGGGAGGUGAUGAAGCUCAGGGACCAACUUCAGCAGGCUUACCAGGAGAGAGACGAAGCUCACGCAGAGGCGCAGAGGCUGGGGGAGACAGUGGAGACAGCUGCUGCUGCCAAGAUGGAUGUGGCUUUGGCUGCCGAGGAGCUGAAGAUUGUCAAAUUAGAGAUGAGUCAGAAACUGUUGGAAAUGAAAGAGCAGAUGAGGCAGGAGUCCACCCGCUCCGUUGAAGCCAUGAAAUCUCACAGCGAGCUUCUCCAGCGGGUUGAGGAGAUGGAGAGAGUGAUGGAGAUGGAGCGGAGACAGGCUCUGCUGCUGCAGUUGGAUUGCCGGGCCUUGCUUGUGGAGGUCCAGACCAGCCGGCAGCAACUGGAGGAAGAAAAAGACAGAGGCAAACAGCUGGAGGAACACUGUCAGCAGCUCAAAGAACAGACAGCAAUGAAGGACCCCGUUUUAUGUGAGUUGAAAACUGAAUUGAAAAGGCAGCAGACAGAAAACAGUAAACUGGUGAAGGAGUGCAGAGAGCUGAGAGCUGCUGCUGACAGAGUUCAGACCCUGAAUAAGCAGCUGCAAAGUCAGUGUUCCCAGCUCAGUUCUGCCCUGCGUUCACUCACAGUGGAGAAUGAAAAGCAGCAGGCCAACUUAAAGGCCGAGAGGAGUCGUGUAGUCAAGCAACUGCAAGGGCAAGACCUGCUGCUGGAGGCAGCCAGAUGCAACAUUCAGACUGAGCUGCAGGUGGCGCGAACACAUAAAGUUAGCCUGCAGCUGGAGCUAGAGAAGCUCAAAGGCGAACAUGCACAGCUCCUGCAGAGCUCCUCCACUGCACAAGAGACAGCGGCCACUCAGAGGGAACUAUUGGAGCGAACCAUUAAGAGGCUACGGGGGGAGCUGAGCACGGCCAAAAAAGAUGAGGAGGCAAUGAGGAAAGACCUGGAGGGUUCAAAAAAUAAGUUAUGUGUUGUUGUCACUAAGUUGGAGGGUGAGAGGAGAGGUCUGGAGGCCCACCUUGCCGAGGCCAAGCGGGAGGUGGGAUCUGUGAGCUCAGCCUUACAGAGCCAGCACGGUGAGAACAGGAGGCUCAUGAGAAAGGUGGCUGCUUUAGAGCAGCAACAGCAUGCAGUGCAGCAGGUGGACCAGAUGCUGAAGGACCUAACUGACACAAACAAGCCAGCCUAUGAGAAAGGGACACUUAAGAUCAGUGAGCUGGAGACCUUGCAGGGUGUCUGUGGUCCUCCAGGAGGUGUUGUCAGUCAAACGCUUGAAAACAUCCUGGCCUCCCAUACCAGACCCCAACUCAACAGCCAGACCCUGCAGCAGGAGCUGGGGGGGCGAAAGCAGGAGAUGGCCACACUUAAGAAGGACAGGCUGCAGGCUCAGAGAGAAAUCAGGAAACACCAAGUAGAGGUGGAGAAAUUCCAGCGACUCCUGACAUCUACUCACUCCAAGAACAACAGAGCUCUGGACUCCUUGCAGAAGGCCUUAGAUACAGCCAAACUGGACAACAAGAGGCUGGCCCAGAGUUUGGAGCAGGCUGUGUUGACCAACAUCAAAUUACACAGCAAACUGGAGCAAGCCGGAGACCAGUACCAGGCCACCAUGACACUGAGAGAUGAAGAGCUACGCAAGGCUUGGACAAACAUUAGUCAUUUGUCUGAAGAGCUGGGCGCUGUAAAGCAACAAACUACGGGAGACUAUAAUUCUUCCAUGAAGACACUGCAUCGAAAAUUCUCAGAGCUAAAAAUGACAGUUAAGGACUCAUCAACCGGGUCAGGUGACCUGUCCAAGGCCAAUCAGGAGCUCCGCCAACAGGUGUCUGAGCUGGAGUGGCAGGUGUCCAAACAGAAAGCUUGUAUCAGAGAGCAGAGGAACCAGCUGAGGCAGAAGAGCAGAGAUUUACAGGACAACUCUCAGAAAGCUGAGAGGUUUGAAGAGAGGAUCAGGAAUCCGCAUGAGAAAGCGCAGGCUGACAGUAAGCUCCAGCAGGUCAGGUUGGACUCUCAGCAGGUUUUACGCAAACGGGAGGCAGAGUGGGAAAGGUGGACCUCUACCAUCCAACGCUGGGAGGCCAAGAGAGAGCUGGCUCACAUCGCUGGAGGAUCCAAGCCUGCGAGGACACAGCUGAUAACACAAUCACACUGAGUACACAAGUACUUUUACUCAAGUAUUGUACUUAAGUACAACUCUGAGGUACUUUUAGUUUACUUGAAUAUUUCAAUUUUAUGCUACUUUAUACUUCUACUAUUAUAAUAUUGUACUUUUUACUCCACUACAUUUAUCUGACAGCUGUAGUUAUUAGUUACUUUACAGAUUAAGACUUUACAAACAAAACAUAUUAUCAAUUUAUAAAAUAUGACACUAUGCUAUACAUUAAACUUUUCAACAGUAUAUAAAGUAGUGAAAAUGUGCCCCACUUCCACCAGCUGUAACAUUAAAAUGCUGCUUAUGUGUUGAAGCAUCAGUAAUAAUAUUCCAAUAAUAUGAUAUAUAUAAUAAUGGGAUCAUUCUUCCCAACAGGUACUUUUACUUUAUUACUUUAAGUACAUUUUUCUGUAAACACUUUUGUACUUUUACUUAAGUGAAAUCUUGAAUGUAACACUUUUACUAGUGAGUAUUUUUACAGAUUGCUACAUUUACUUAAAGCUAGGGUAGGUACAGCUAGAUUUUGAAAGUAUCCAAUUGAAAAAAAUCCCACCCCCUCCCUUCAGGCCUCCCUCCCUCCAUGAAAU